AUGAUACGACUUUAUCCAUUAACAAUCCUGGUAACUAAAAGGUUUAUUCAAUGUCGUCCUAAUCUAUUAGCAAAAUCUAAUGUGACUAAGUUGACUGUAGAAUUGCACAAGAGAGACAACCUUUCAGAUAAUUUGCAUUUAUCAAACUAUUCAGGCUCAUCAAUUGGAGAUAAAAACGAAGAAACUUCAAUAAUUGAAAAGAAAGCAACUGAAAUUCUCUCUCCCUCUUUACGAUAUGUCAGAAACCUCAUUGAUGAGCAUGAAGGAAAUGUUGUCUUAACACAAAUUGGCUCAUUCUACGAACUUUACUUUGAGCAAGCUGUUAAGUACGCUCCUAUUCUAAAUAUAUCAUUAACCAAUAGAACAUAUGCCCAUGGAAAAGUUCCAUUUGCCGGUUUUCCUGUUCCACAACUCGGUAGACAUUUAAAGAUUUUAGUAAACGACUUCGGAUAUAAUGUAGUUAUUGCUGAACAAUUUAAAAAGAACGAUGUUGCUGAGAAUGAACAGUAUAAAUUCAUAAGGAGAGUAACACGAAUUGUAACUCCAGGAACCUUCAUAGAUGAAGCAUUUGAGAAUUUUCAAGAGAAUUCAUAUCUACUAAGUAUUGAGUUUCCAGAGAACUGUAUGAAACGAAUUGCACUUGGUGAUUUGAAACUUGGAUUAUCAUGGUGUGAUGUGUCUACGGGUGAGGUAUUUGUACAACAAAUGUUUCUCAAGGAUCUAAUCUCUUCUAUAACAAGAAUACGACCAAAAGAAAUCAUUCUUAAUGAGGAUUUGUAUAAGAACAACAUUGUGUCUGGUGAAUGGUAUCCGGAACUUGUUGCAUUGAAGAAAUAUUUUUUGAAUUAUCAACGAAUGCCUUCACAACAUCGUACAAUUGAGUCAUUCUAUGACUUAUUCACAUCUGGAAAUACGGAUUCAGUAAUACGGCAGUUAAAGUUACAAUUUCAAACAUUCACUCAAAAGGAGUUAGCAGCAUUGAGAAACAUUUUAAUUUAUAUAAGUGACCAUCUGCCGAAUAUAUCUACGAAUCUUCAAAUACCCCAAAGAGAAAUUACUACUUCAAUUAUGCAAAUAGACUCGAGGACAAGCUCGGCCUUAGAAUUACAUAGUACCGUUAGAAACAAUAGCAAAAAAGGGACAUUACUAUCGUCAAUAAGAAGGACAAUUACACCUUCGGGAACAAGGCUGCUGACUCAAUGGUUAAGUGGACCGUCACUUGAUCUGAAAGAGAUUAGGAACAGGCAGAAACUGGUGUCAUAUUUUAUGGAAAAUCCUGAUAUUAUGGAACACAUCAUUCAAAUAUUGAAGGAUACUUGCGAUAUAACCAGAGUUUUACAGAAAUUCAGUUUUAGGAGAGGUGAAAUUAUUGAAUUGAUCCAACUUGCAAAGACUUUGCAACACGCUAAUACAAUAAGAGAGUACUUAACUGAGCAGCUCUCUUUGAAAAAAGUAAAUUCGGCAGUUAAGACUUUACUUCAAGAUCAUUUAAAAACGUUAGCCUUUGAAGAAUCUGCCAUAGACAAAAUAUUACUUUAUUUGAAUGAGGAUGAGCUACUAAAAGGCCAAACAGAGAUCAAUAAUGAGGACGUCGGAGUAGAGACGCAAAGCAAAAACCAGGGCAGUCCUGAGACGCUUGGUGUUUACAUUAUUGAUCCGAUGUUUAGCCCCAAGCUUCAAAAGCUACAUUAUGAAUACAAGGCCUUGGAUAAGGAAAAAAAUGAACUUGAAAAGAAAUACUCUGAAAUAUUUGUAGAAUUAUAUGAUGCUCGUAAUGUCUCCUUGAAGAAGAAGCAAAGUAACGAAUAUGCCCUCCAUGUUAUUGGGUCUUCUGCUAAUUUAAAAAAGAUUACCGAGUAUAUUAACUCGAAGGGAAUGUUUGAGAAUUCUCCUUUCCAUAUUCUUCAACAAUCCAACCAAACGAAGUGGCUGUCUCACAAAUCCUGGACUGAUCUGGCAUAUAAAUUAGAGUUGGCAGAAUUGAAAAUUAAGAGAGAAGAAGCACUAAUAAUUGAUUCCUUUAAACAAGGCUUUAUCGAUGAAAGCAAUGCGAUCCGAGAUAUUUCUCACAAAUUAGGUUAUUUGGACACUCUUAUCUCAUUCGCUAUGUUGGCAAAAGAAAAAAACCUUGUAUGCCCAAAAAUGAAUAGAAGUACGAAAUUGGAGAUUGUUAAAGGGAGACACUUAAUGGUUGAAGAAAGCUUAGCAAUUAAUUCCUUGGAAAAAUUUGUUGGGAAUGAUUGUAAUUUGGAGAGUGGGAAAUUAUGGGUGAUAACGGGCCCUAACAUGGGUGGUAAAUCCACCUUCUUAAGACAAAAUGCAAUUAUUGUUAUUCUUGCCCAGAUAGGUUCUUUUGUGCCAUGUGACAGCGCUAGAAUUGGGCUUGUGGAUAAAAUAUUUAGCAGAGUUGGUUCAGCAGAUGAUUUAUACAAUGAGAUGAGCACAUUUAUGGUGGAAAUGGUGGAGACUUCAUGUAUCCUUCGAGGAGCUACAGACCGCUCACUAGCUAUCUUAGAUGAAAUUGGGAGAGGUACUAGUGGGAAAGAAGGUAUUAGUAUUGCAUUUGCUACUUUGAAAUACCUGAUUAAACGUAAUCGCUGCAGAUCUUUAUUUGCCACUCAUUUUGGGCAAGAACUACAAGUAAUUGUUAAUGAGAAAGAUGAACAAGAAGCAAAAGACAACAUUGAAUUUUAUCAAAGUGGAAUAAUAGAGUUAGGCAAUGAAAAUUUUGUCUACGAUCACAAAUUGAAACCCGGCAUUUGUAAGAGUUCAGACGCAAUUAAGGUAGCAAGGACUGCAGGUUUCCCUGAGGAAGCUCUACUGGAAGCUGUCUCCUUGCUGUCAUGA